AUGGCUGACUUUGACGAAUUUGAGAACCCUGCUCCUCAACAAUCAGAGGACGAUCCAGCUGCAGACUUUUUAAGCCACUCAACAAACAUAAAACAAUAUUGGCAAAAUAUUUCAGGGGCUGAUUUUGAUCCAUUUGGAGGUGCUGGAGAACAAACAGGAGGCUCACCACAGCCAACAGAUGACUUUACUGGGGGAGAUUUUACUGGAGGUGAAACAGCCCAGUUUGACUCUACUGGUGACAUGGGUGAAACUAAUGAACAAGAUACAGGGGCAAAUGACGCAUACUCUGCCAUAACUCAGGUAGACAAACAACGGGCUGAACCCGAGAAGAUUCGUCUAUGGAGAGAAGAAAACACACGCAGAAUCGCAAAGAAAGAUGAAGAAGAAGAGAAACGUGUUAAAGAAUGGAGAGAUAUAGCAAAGAAGGAAUUAGAUGACUGGUAUAAACACCACGAGGAGCAGUUGACCAAGACCAAAGAGAACAAUCGGUAAAUUUCAUUCUUGUUUUUUAUGCUCAUACUUUCUGCUGUAGAAUAGUUGAAGUUGGCUACUUACAUUUUUGGCUACAUUUUCCUAUGAGUAAAAUUGGUUAACCUGUGGUGUAAAGGCAGAUUUUUAUUUUAAACUUGAAUUUGUGGGUAAUAUUUUAGAAUUUUUUUUGAGAGAGAAAAAAAGGCUGUUUAAUUUGUCAGUAUGUUAAUAAUUAAAUACAGAAUACUUGCUUGACCAAUUGAUGUGAAAAUUAUGUAAGAAAAACUAUAUAAAAGAGAUGCUUAAAUGAUAAUUAUAUAUUCAAAAGGAUAUUUGAGGGGGAAAAAUCCAUUGUUACCAAGUAAAAAUGUAUGAUGUAGAAUUUAUGUAUGAUUUUAAAUGACUAUUUACCAAGCAUCAUUGCCUUGACAGAUUCCUUCCCCAUUCUUUAUUAUUGCUUUAAGUGGCCGCUCACGUAAUGUGUGGAAAGCUUUUAGCAGAGUUUGCGAUACAUUUUGGAAAUGCUUCCUUUGAUAAUGUUGUGUGACUAUGCGAAUGUCAUGUGAAUACAUAGUUAACUGACUUAUAGUAAUCUACUUUUUUUGCAAUACUAACAUUGGACAAUUGGAGCUGAAUAACAUUUGGUUUCAUUGGCUUUAUAACAGAAUAAACUUUGUUUCCGGCCAAUUUUUCCGCAAAAGGUAGAUCCAUAUCAACAUUUUGAAAGAUUCUGAUCAAGUCAUUUGUUGUUUUCUUUAAAGUUUUGUAUUGGAGUAGGGGGUAGGGUAUGGAAUUCAGCAAUUCAUGUUUGACAAAAAUUAAACAAGUUAUCAAACUUUUUAGAAAGAAAGAAUUUGGUUCCUUCAUAAAUAUUUAUUCUGCUAGUGCGUAAACUUUUUUUUUCAAUCUUUAAGGAUAAAUGAUAAAAAGCCCAUCUAAUGCAAAUGUAAAAUAGGGUAAAGUAGCCCAAAAUAACAUAAAAGAUAAGUGAACCAAUAAUGGGAUCAUGAAAGUGUAAAUUAAACUACAUUUAUCUAUCAAAGUGUCAGUAUGGAUCUAUCUCUGGAAAAUGAUUCCAUUGGUUUGUACUAAUUUCUACAUUUCCACCUUAACAAGUUUUUCUUCAUAUCCCCAUCUAGCAAUGGACCGUAAGUUACCAAAACUAUUGUACACAGUUCUCUAGAGAUUAUUAAACAAAUGUUACAUGUUGGUGUUGUGCAUUAAUAUACAUUAGGUCCAAAGUUAUAAAACUUGAGAAAAGAAAAUUUUGAGAUUGGAAACCAGUCUGGGUAUCAAGCAAUAUGAUUGGUUCAUUGAAUGCAUAGAUUUGAAAUGGACCAAUGGUAAGGCUCCACUUUGUUGACUGGUCUCUGUCUCUAAUUUUAUAACCUUGGACUUGUAUGCUAGUCAUAGAACAAAGUUUGUUUUGAUUUGAAACACAUUUUUCAGAGUUUAUAGCAGUUCUAGGUAAUAUUUGAGGGAAUGUAAAAAAAAAGGAGUGGGUUUUAUUCAAAUUUCAAUAGUCCAUAUCAAAGUCUGUGCACUUGGAAAUGAGUUUGGGAUUUCUUUUUUAUCAAAUGUUAAAAAUUUUUGGUGUAAGCAAGUAGAUAAACUUUUAAGUUGUUUUUCGUGUGCUUAAAGACCAUCUCUUCAAUCCAAUUCAUUCUAACAAUAGUAGUGUUAUGUGUGCUAUAUUUGUAGUGUUCUGUCUUUAAUUCUUAGUGCUUCUAAGGGUGAAGGACUUACUAUUUAGCUUUUGUUUGAAGCAAACUGCCUAUAGGCAAAAUAUGGUUGUUUACAAAUUUCAAAAAUGUUUUCAUUACAUAAUUCAGAGCUGUAGUUUUAAGGCUAAGAACAUUUACAAAAUUUUGUGGUGAUAAAUUAAUAUAACUGCAUGUACAAUGACAUUUGAAGUUCAGUCUCUAUCUACCUAUUUUUUAGGUCUGUCUUGUGAAUAUGGAGACUAGCUGUUGUAUGCUCAUUGACAUUUAACUGAAUUUGGAACUAACUGAUGUUUACUUAAGGAAUUUCAUUAUCAAAGCAAUUUAUAUAGAAUCUGAUUAAUGCAAUAUCUAGACUGGCAGUAUAUUGGCUGGACUACAGGCUGGUCUGGCAAUAAAGUAGUGACAAAGGCAUAAAUUAGCUAGUAAGCACAUAAAAGUUUGGUAAAUGCAUUUUUCUUUUCAAAGACCUAUUGUUUUUAAGUGCAUUGUAUUA